AUGGCGACAUCGGGAGGGAAGGCGCGGCGGGAGGAGACAAGCGACAACUCCGACGAUGAACUUACGCCUCUUGCCAACGAAAUUUACGGUGGCAGCCAAAGAACAGUACAAGAAACGAAAGGAUGGGACGUGUUCAGAGAAUUUCCACCGAAGCAGGACAGUAUAUCUAUGGAAACACAGAAAUGGCUGGAGUUCACAGUGCGAAUGCUCAAAGUGCUGGCCUAUUUCGUUACAUUCGUUGUAGUACUAGGCUCUGGUGUUAUUGCCAAAGGCACAGUGCUUUUCAUGACUUCCCAGUUGAAAAAAGAUAGGAGAAUAGCUUAUUGUAAUAGAAAUUUAGGUAGAGAUAAGCAGUUUAUAGUAAGUCUGCCAGAUGAAGAACGUGUUGCGUGGAUGUGGGCUGUUUUCGCUGCCUUUGCCGUACCUGAAAUCGGAACAUUUAUACGUUCGAUCAGAAUUUGUUUCUUCAAGUCCUCCAAGCGACCUACGCCUGUCCAGUUUGUUGUGGUGUUUCUCGCGGAAUCACUACAAACAAUCGGAUUGGGCAUAUUAUUCUUUAUAAUUCUGCCGGAAUUAGACGUCGUUAAAGGAGCUAUGCUUACGAAUUGUCUCUGUGUAAUACCGGCGAUCCUAGGCUUACUCUCACGAAACUCCAGGGACUCGAAGCGAUUUAUGAAAGUGAUCGUUGAUAUGGUAGCAAUUGUAGCACAAGUGACUGGGUUUAUCGUAUGGCCGAUUUCAGAGAACAAACCAGUGCUAUGGCUAAUACCGAUUUCUUCUUUAUGUAUAUCGUUGGGAUGGUGGGAGAACUACGUAACAAGGCAAAGUCCUAUAGGCAUAAUUAAAUCUUUGGCCAGAUUAAAAGAAGAAUUAAAUGCCUCUCGCUACUACACGUACCGGUUCAUGUCUAUAUGGAAGAUAUUACUGUUUCUCGUUUGUAUCCUCUUCUGCAUUUGGAUGGACGGAGAUGAACCCGUUAUGUUUUUCAAAUUAUUUAACGCCGGAUUCGGACCACAUAAUAUUGUUGUUGAAGAGAUACAAAUCCAACUGGGCGGCACUGUGAUACCCGAUUUGGUAAAUGCAACACUUACGGGAGAUUCCGUUGAAGUUGCAGCGGUGUACAAGUCUGCUUAUUAUGUUAUGUUAAUUCAGAUAUUCGCCGCAUAUUUCUGCUACAUAUUUGGAAAGUUUGCUUGCAAAAUUCUUAUUCAAGGAUUCAGUUACGCGUUUCCCAUUAAUCUCAUCAUACCACUUGUGGUGAAUUUUUUGAUUGCUGCUUGUGGAUUGAGAAACGGCGAUAAUUGCUUUUUCCAUGGCACUGUGCCCGACUAUCUGUUCUUUGAGUCUCCACCGGUAUUCUCACUGAGUGAUUUUAUAUCGAGACAAAUGGCAUGGGCAUGGCUACUGUGGUUACUAUCUCAAACAUGGAUCACGAUACAUAUUUGGACGCCAAAGGCUGAACGUUUAGCAUCUACUGAAAAACUGUUUGUUCUUCCUAUGUACAACGGCCUUCUGAUUGACCAAAGUAUGGCACUUAAUCGAAAGAGAGACGAUCAUAAGGACGUUAAAACUGAGGACCUCGCAGAAAUAGAAAAAGAAAAAGGUGAUGAAUACUAUGAAACUAUAUCAGUUCAUACUGACAAUACUGGAUCUUCUCCUAGAACUAUAAAAUCAUCUGAUCAAAUAACUAGAAUAUACGCUUGCGCUACUAUGUGGCAUGAAACGAAAGAUGAAAUGAUGGAGUUUUUAAAGUCUAUUCUUCGGUUAGAUGAGGACCAGUGCGCUAGACGAGUUGCUCAAAAAUAUUUACGGGUCGUUGAUCCGGAUUACUAUGAAUUCGAAACUCAUAUUUUCUUGGACGACGCUUUCGAAAUAUCGGACCACAGUGAUGACGAUUCACAAGUAAAUCGAUUCGUCAAACUUUUAGUGGAUACUAUUGACGAAGCUGCUUCAAAUGUUCAUCAAACAAUUAUUCGUAUUCGUCCACCUAAAAAAUACCCUGCACCUUAUGGAGGACGAUUGACAUGGGUACUUCCGGGUAAAACGAAGAUGAUUUGCCACCUUAAAGACAAAGCUAAGAUUCGUCACCGAAAACGAUGGUCUCAGGUGAUGUACAUGUACUAUCUCUUGGGGCAUCGUCUUAUUGAACUUCCGAUAUCCGUAGACCGAAAGGAAGUAAUGGCCGAAAACACAUUUUUACUUACACUUGAUGGAGAUAUUGAUUUCCAGCCACACGCAGUACGUUUACUGAUCGACUUGAUGAAAAAGAAUAAAAAUCUAGGAGCUGCAUGUGGUCGUAUUCAUCCUGUUGGAUCUGGUCCUAUGGUGUGGUACCAAUUGUUUGAAUACGCUAUUGGUCAUUGGCUGCAAAAGGCAACGGAACACAUGAUUGGCUGCGUACUCUGUAGUCCGGGAUGUUUCUCACUCUUCCGAGGAAAGGCUCUGAUGGACGAUAACGUUAUGAAAAAAUACACUUUGCGAUCCGAUGAAGCUCGGCACUACGUACAAUACGAUCAAGGUGAAGAUCGAUGGCUAUGUACACUCCUUUUACAACGUGGUUACCGCGUGGAAUAUUCAGCUGCUUCAGACGCGUAUACUCACUGUCCUGAAGGAUUCAGCGAGUUUUAUAACCAGCGCCGUCGUUGGGUGCCUUCGACCAUUGCUAACAUUAUGGACUUGCUGGUAGACUAUAAGCAUACAAUCAAAAUCAAUGACAAUAUUUCGUCGCCUUAUAUCGCAUACCAGAUGAUGUUGAUGGGUGGCACAAUUCUCGGCCCUGGAACUAUAUUUCUUAUGUUGGUGGGUGCGUUCGUGGCUGCUUUUAGAAUCGACAAUUGGACCUCUUUCGAAUACAAUUUAUAUCCGAUUAUGUUAUUUAUGAUUGUUUGCUUCACGAUGAAAUCGGAAAUACAGUUAAUGGUGGCACAAAUUUUAUCAACGGCGUAUGCGAUGAUUAUGAUGGCUGUAAUCGUUGGUACAGCACUCCAGUUAGGAGAGGACGGUAUCGGAUCACCAUCCGCUAUCUUUUUAAUAUCCUUAUCAAGUUCCUUUUUCAUAGCAGCCUGUUUACAUCCGCAAGAGUUUUGGUGCAUUGUGCCUGGCAUAAUUUAUUUGCUGUCUAUACCUUCUAUGUACUUGCUACUGAUAUUGUAUUCGAUUAUCAACCUGAAUGUCGUAUCGUGGGGUACUCGAGAAGUGCAAGUGAAAAAAACUAAAAAGGAAAUCGAACAAGAGAAAAAAGAGGCUGAAGAGGCCAAGAAAAAGGUUAAGCAAAAAUCGUUACUGGGCUUCCUGCAAAGCGUUAACAACAAUGAAGAAGAAGGAUCUAUAGAGUUCUCAUUUGCAGGACUGUUUAAAUGUUUGUUAUGCACACAUCCCAAAGGCAGUGAAGAAAAAGUCCAAAUGUUGCAUAUUGCAUCAACGCUAGAAAAGUUGGAAAAGAAGCUGGAUAUUAUAGAGAGAACUGUUGAUCCCCAUGGCCUUAACAGAGGAAGAAAGUUAUCCAUUGGCCACAGGGGAAGUACCGCUGGAGAUCAUCAACUAGAUGCUUUAGCUGAAGGUCCAGAAGAAGACAAUGAUUUGGCUUCCGAUGCUGAUACGAUGUCAACUGCCCCUAGAGAACGAAGGGAUGAUUUAAUAAAUCCAUAUUGGAUUGAAGAUCCUGAACUCAAAAAAGGAGAGGUUGACUUUUUGAGCCAAUCUGAGACACAGUUUUGGAAAGAUUUGAUUGAUAAAUAUUUAUAUCCCAUUGAUGCUAACAAGGAAGAGCAGGCCCGUAUAUCCAGAGACCUGAAAGAACUGAGAGACUCUUCUGUAUUUUCAUUCUUUAUGUGCAAUGCUCUUUUUGUCCUCAUUGUAUUUUUGCUACAACUGAACAAGGACAAUCUUCAUUUUAAGUGGCCUUUGGGAGUUAAAACUAAUAUAACGUAUGAUGAGGUUUCACAAGAGGCACGAAUUGCACGUGACUUGAUAGAGCUUCGCAAUAAGUCAGUUUUUGCAUUUGUUAUGUUCAAUGCUUUAUUCAUAUUAAUAGUAUUUUUAUUACAACUGAACAAAGAUCAACUCCACGUGAUUUGGCCUUUAGGAGUAAAGACAAACAUUACGUACAUCGAGGACACAGGCGAGGUGCUCAUUUCUAAAGAGUAUUUGCAACUGGAACCUAUAGGUCUGGUCUUCGUAUUUUUCUUCGCUUUGAUCUUGGUCAUUCAAUUUACCGCUAUGUUAUUCCAUCGAUUUGGAACAAUUUCACAUAUAUUAGCGUCUACUGAACUGAACUGGUUUUGCAACAAAAAGGCAAACUUAUCUCAAGAUGCUCUUUUGGAUAAAAAUGCAAUAGCAAUAGUUAAAGACCUACAAAAAUUGAAUGGGCUUGACGAUGAUUAUGAAAAUGACUCAGGUUCAGGGCCACAAAAUGUAGGCAGAAGAAAAACAAUCCACAAUUUGGAAAAAGCGCGGCAAAAGAAGAGAAAUAUUGGAACCCUUGAUGUUGCCUUCAAGAAGCGAUUCUUCAAUAUGAACGCCAAUGAAGGGCCAGGUACACCAGUGUUGAAUCGCAAAAUGACUUUACGCCGAGAAACCUUGAAGGCUUUAGAGACAAGACGAAAUUCUGUGAUGGCGGAAAGAAGGAAAUCACAAAUGCAAACACUUGGAGCCAACAACGAAUAUGGUGUAACUGGCAUGCUAAAUAAUAACCACGGCGUGGUUCCCCGCCACCGUACGUCCACGGCAAAUAUAUCAGUGAAGGAUGUAUUUGCCGAACCCAAUGGAGGACAUAUUAACCGCGGUUACGAAAAAACACUAGACGAUGAAGAUGACGUCAACUCAAUAAGGUUGCAGCCGAGGCAAAAUCAAGUCACUUUCCAGGGAAGAUUCCAAUAG